AUGCGUGAGUCAGAAAAGGCAGUCUUCCAUCGGUAUCCAGAAAUCGAGGCAAAGCGCAUGCUUGUUGAAUUGCUGGAUGAGCCAGACCGGUACAACCACGCUCUAGAAUCCUUUGUUGCCCGUGUCACUUGUCGCUUGGCUUGGGGACGCAGCGAAGCGAGUGACGAACUCAAGCAACGCGCACGCGAGUUGCUGAUUGGAGUCUCUCCUACUGGCGCUUUCGGUAACAAACUUCCUUUCCUGAUGGCUCUUCCGGACUGGCUCUCACCUCCCAAAUCAUGGGAACGGAGACGCGCUCGGACCGAGCGUAGCUUCUUCGAGAUCAUGCAAGGAGAAGUUGAAAAAGACGCUCGCGAGAAGAAGGCGCCCCAGUCGUGGAUGAAGAUCUUCCUUGACAGUCGUAGCAAGUGGGGCUUCCAGUAUGAGUUGGAAGGCGCUUAUGCUGUCGGAAUGCAUGGUAUUGCUGGAGCCUUGACUAUUGCUGCGCCGAUGCAGACGUUCUGCUUGGCAAUGUGCUUCUAUCCGCAGUACUUGCCAAUGCUUCAGGAGGAGCUGGAUCGGGUAUGCGGUGACCGUCUCCCCGUUGCGGAGGAUCGGCCUAACCUCCCAUUCCUGCGCGCUGUUAUCCGGGAGUGCCUGCGUUGGCGGCCACCGGUGCCAACCGGCAUCCCUCAUGCGCUCACUCAGGACGACGAAUACGAUGGCUGUCACAUCCCUAAGGGUAGUGUGGUGCAUCCACUCGAGUGGGCCGUCGCCCGCGACCCCUCCAUGUUCCCAGACUCCGAGGCAUUCAACCCACUUCGCUGGGUUGAGCCGGGCUGGCCAACGUACCAAGAACCACUGACUCAGUUCCCGACUAUCAUCAACUGCUCGCAGUUCGGCUACGGUCGUAGACUCUGCCAGGGUCAGACUGUGGCCGACGAGGACCUUUUGAUCGGAAUCGGAUCAAUAGCGUGGAUGUUCAACAUCUCUAGGGAACACGAUUCUGCUAUGUCGUCCGUAAUAAGCAACUCAAUUGGCAUGAACGAGAAGGCCUUCAUCUCCCAAGAAGAACUCAACCUCGCAGUCGAGGAGCCCAGGCCUCCUACCAUGGAAGACGUGCUUCUGUCUAAGUAUACUUACCCGGGAGCCUUCCCCUCCAGUCACAAAGAGGUAAAAGGGAAGCUCACCGAUCAACGGAAAGAGCUAUCGAAGUUCGAUCCUGCCAAUAUCGAUCCUACGCUUGACUUUAGCACCUUGCUCAUUGCUAAGCCGCUGCCGUUCAAGUUUGAGCUGCAGCCGCGCGAUAAGGAACGCGCUGAGAGGGUUAGGAACUUGUUCCAAGAGGGGCGCGAAAAGGGAGAUUACACGGAGAGCCGAGAGUUCUGGGGUGAGAAUCAAGGAAAGGGUAAGCCGUGUGGAUGGGGGAAGGUAUGA